AUGCCGCUCGCCUCGGCUCCCGACCACAGCACUGAUGAGACGACUAAGGAGUCUGUUAGAGUAUACACCAAAGCGGAGGUGAAAGCUCAUGAUAAGAGCGAUGACUGCUGGGUCGUUAUUCAUGGUUCUGUAUAUGAUGUUACUGACUUUUUGGAGAGCCAUCCGGGAGGACCUGAGGUCAUUUCGACGAUUAGUGGUGGCAAUGUGACGGAGGAUUUCGAAGAGAUCGGGCAUUCUGAUGAAGCCAGGAGGCAAGCGAAGGCGCACAGGAUAGGAGUGUUGGAGGGUCACGAAGAAUCUCAAGGCAUUCCGAUGAAUUCUGAACUUGGAACCAACGCGGGGGUUAUUAGUAUGGGGGUUCUGCCUGUCAUUUUGAUCGCUGGCGUAGCUUAUCUGGCGUACCAUGUCAUGAGUAGCUCCUAAGCUCGCACGUGAAAGACUCACCCUAGUAGUUUUUUCAUACACAUAUCACAAGUGGGGCCACAAUUUCGGG